AUGUCCCAGAAGCCAAACAACCUCCCCAGCAUCAAACGCUUUAUCACAACCCACAGUAGUGACGGUGAAUCCAUAUUCCUCUCCCACGCGCAGAUCCCCGACUACAUCCCCUCGAAACCAAUCAGCGACGACGGCGACAUCGCCCUCCUCUACACAACCGUCACGAACCCAGUCUCCAUCGACGACGAAAACGACAUCGCUAUCUACGAUGAGUUUCUGCACACCUCUCCGGGUCUGACAACCUCGCUGGGCACGGUGCUGCGCACAAUCGAUCUACGACCGGGGGAAAUGACCCCGAUGCAUCGGACCGUGAGUGUGGACUACGCGAUUGUCGUGGAGGGCGAGGUGGAGAUUAUCCUCGACUCGGGCGAGAGCCGGAGCAUGAGGCGGGGCGAUGUGUGUGUGCAGCGCGGGACGGCGCACUCGUGCAAGAAUCGGAGUACUACGGAGUGGUGUCGGAUGAUGUUUGUUUUCUUACCGAUGCUAAAGAUCACGAUCAAGGGGCAUGAUAUGAGUGAGGAGGUGUAUGAUGAGCAGUAUGACGAGGACAGUCCCGGGGGUGAAAAGCCGAUGGGAGGCAAGCCGGAGAAUUAA